AUGGCGUCACCCGACGGCUUCACUCCCAUACCAGACGACCCGAGCAGCCUCCCUCUCAUCGGGUCAUCGGCCUUCGUGGGCCAGCCACCGGCGACUCAACAUGACUAUUACGUCGUGAAGGGCUUGCUCCGCAUGGUCGGCAUGGCGGAAGCCAACCCGAUGACGGGCUACUUCCUCGCGGCGAAGCCCCCUCCCGGGUAUGUUCACGAGACGAGACUACCCGGCGUCCUGACGGGUCUGAUCUUUGUUCUCUUGGCCAUUCUUGUCCCCACGGCGGCGAGGAUCGGGUUACGGCUGCGAAGAGGUUCGAGCAUGCAGUUUGGCUGGGACGACUGGGCCAUCUCAGUCGCUGCUCUCCUGGCCCUCGUAUACCCCAUCACGCAGAUAUACUCUCUCGCAACCGGCGCCGCCGCGAAACACAUCUGGGAAGUGACCUAUGAACAGUACAGCUUCGGGAUGGUGGUGGCCAUGAUCUGCAAAACCACGUUCUAUGUGGCCGUAGGCAUGAUCAAGCUCUCGAUAGCCAUCUUCGUCCGACGACUCGCGGACCGACUCAACAGGUGGUGGCGGGUCUCGUGCAACGUCUUCAUCGCAUCCGUCGUCGUGUACAUGAUCCUGGCCAUCUUCUUCAACGUCUUCGCAUGCGAUCCGCCGGCAAUCCAAUGGGACCUGGCCCUGCGCGGCCGCCUCGAGCCGAUGCCGACCUGCAUCGACCUGGGAGUCCAGGCAAAGAUCCUCAGUGGCAUCCAUGUGGCGCAAGGGCUGAUGCUGCUGUUCAUCCCCAUCGUCAUCCUGUGGAAGGUUCGCAUGCAGACGGCAAAGAAGGUCCGCCUGUUCGCCAUUUGGACCAUCGGAGGUGUAACGGUUCUGGGAGGCUUGCUGCGACAACUGCGUCCCACAAUGACCAACGACUUCACGUGGGACUACGUCGAGGUCUUGGUUUGGACCUGCCUGGAUCUAUCCCUCGGGAUCUUGGCUGCUUCGCUCCCCGUCCUCGACGGUUUGCUGGAGAAGUACUGGAGGAAAGCCAAGAACACCGUGAUUAACACACAUGGCGACGCCGGCGGCGUGUCGCAGAGUACUACCAUAGCAAGAACAUGGCAGUACAGCAAGGCGUCGGAUACGGAGAAGAGCAGGAAGACGACGGCGAGGACGUCCAUCAUCGCGUCCACCAUGGCGCGUUCCGAAUCCAGCGAGAGCAUUGUGAAGAAGGACCAUCUGCAGGAAAGCAAAUGCGGCGGGAUGGAAAUGAGCAUUCUGUGUACCCAAGAGGUCGAAGUACACGUGUCUGACGCCGUCGAGGACGUGGAAAAGGGCCAGGACAAAGCCCGUGGGCCCCGGGCGCCAUCGCCGUUCUACCAUAAUCGCCCGGAAUGGCAUGAUAGGUCUCAUAGGUUUUGA